UUCGGGGAAAGCCUUCCCGGCUCCGGGCGGCGGCGGCGGGCCGGGGCGCGUUCCAGACGCCCUCGGGCAGGGCGCGGGCUGCAGCGCCUCGGUGGGGUUCCGGAGGCUGUGGGGGCCCUGGCUCCAGAUGCGGAAGCCAUGGAGUUGAGCUGCAGCGAUGUUCCUCUAUACGGGCAGAUGACCGUCUAUGCAAAGUUUGGCAAAAAUGUUUAUCUUCCUGAAGAUGCCGAGUUUUACUUUAUUUAUGAUGGAUCUCAUCAGAGACACAUCGUGGUUGCACGGCGCACUGAGGAUAAUGUUCUCCAAUCCAGCGUUCCAGGCCACGGGCUUCAGGAGAUGGUGAUGGUGUCUGUGUGCCUCUGCUCAGAAGGUUACUCCCCGGUGAUCAUGGGCUCUGGCUCCGUGACCUACGUGGACAACAUGGCCUGCAGGCUGGCUCGUUUGCUGGUCACCCAGGCUGAUCGCCUCACAGCCGGUAGUCAUCAGACCUUGCUGACUCCAUUUGCCCUGACGGCGGGAGCUUUGCCUGCUUUGGAUGAGGAGCUCGUGCUGGCUCUGACCCAUCUGGAGAUGCCUCUUGGGUGGACUGUCUUGGGAAAUUAUUCACUUGAAGUGUCUUUAUGCAGAGAGUCUCUUCUACACCUGGCUAUGAGAUGGGGCCUGCCUAAGCUCUCUCGUUUCCUCUUGUGUCUCCCUGGGGGAGUUCAGGCUUUGGCUUUACCCAAUGAAGAAGGUGCCACCCCAUUAGACUUAGCUUUACGUGCCGGAUACUCCGAGCUGGUUGAAGACAUCACAAAUUUCCAGGGCAGACGUUUCCCUGACUUUUCCCGGGUGCAGCUCAGUGAAGAUGCCUUCCUGCAGUAUAUUCACUCCUCAGAAACGCUGACCUUGACUCUGAACCACACGGCUGAGCAUUUGUUGGAGGGAGAUAUUAAACUCUUCAGGAAAUACUUUUGGGACAGAGCCUUUCUCCUCCAGGCUCUUGAAGAUCAAGAAGCCAGGCCGGAGGAAAGACAAGACAUGCCUUCCAGUGCUGCAGAAACUGAAGAAGAGAUUAAGAAUUUGGUGUCUGGCGGAUCAUCACCGGAAAAGGAAGGCGAUGUAAAGUGUGUGGAAAGCCCGGUGGUUCAACCGAAGGAACCCGAAGACCGGGACAGUCUAGACGCGGAUCACUCUUUUGAUGUCUUCAAAAAAUCCAAGCGUUCCCCAGCAUUCUCUGCUGCAGGCCAGCUCUCUGACGUGCUGAAUGGUGGCGAUGAAGUUUAUGCCAACUGUAUGGUGAUAGAUCAGGUUGGCGAUUUGGAUAUUAACUACAUUAACAUAGAAGGUAUCACUACAAACACCUGCCCUGAAUCGAUGGGUUCUACUCUGGGACCUCAGAGCUGCAAGCAUAUCCUUGCUGCGGAAACCAGCCAUGGAAAAUACCCGCUAAGUGAGAAGAAGGAAGUGGCCUCAAGUACUGAAGCUCGGCAGUCCUUCGCAUCACCAUCUGGUUCAUAUGCUUCCGAUUUUAAUCUUUCUUUUGGUCUUCAUGGAUUUGAAAAGGAACAAAGUCACCUAAAGAAAAGAAGUUCCAGCCUCGAUGCCCUGGAUGCCGACAGUGAAGGGGAGGGGCAUUCUGAACAUUCACACGUUUGCUACACUCCAGUGUCUCAGAGUUCCUCAAGAACCGGGAUCCCUAGUGGGGAUGAAUUGGACUCUUUUGAGACCACCCCUGAACCAGAUUUUAGUAUCUCCAGGACCGAGUCCCUUUCUUUAUCAAGUAACCUGCAGUUGAAGGAAUCAUUACUUUCUGGAGUCCGCUCACGUUCUUAUUCCUGCUCAUCGCCCAAAAUUUCUUUAGGAAAAACUCGGUUGGUGCGUGAUUUUACGUUGUGCGGUUCUAGUGAAGAGCAAAGAGCUUACAGCUUACCGGAGCCACCAAGAGACAAAAGAAUUCAGCAAGAAGAAUGGGAUAAAUAUAUUAUACCUGCCAAGUCAGAGUCUGAAAAAUACAAAGUGAGCCGAACUUUCAGCUUUCUCAUGAAUAGGAUGACAAGCCCUCGGAAUAAAUCCAAGACAAAAAGCAAGGACGCCAAAGACAAAGAGAAACUGAGCCGACAUCAGUUUGUCCCUGGAACAUUCCCUGGGGUUCUCCAGUGUUUGGUGUGUGAUAAAACGCUCCUGGGGAAGGAGUCAUUCCAGUGUUCCAACUGUAAUGCAAACGUACACAAGGGCUGUAAAGACGGUGCCCCUCCAUGUACCAAGAAAUUCCAAGAGAAACAUAACAAGAACAAGCUGCAGACCACCCUUGGAAAUUCUUCAUUCCGAGACAUCCCGCAACCUGGUCUCUCCUUGCACCCUUCUUCCUCCAUGCCUAUUGGAUUGCCCACUGGGAGAAAAGAAACUUCAGUGCAGGUCCAUCCAUUGUCCAGAAGUGUUCCAGGCACUACCUUGGAAAGUUUCAGAAGGUCAGGGCUAUCCUUGGAGUCUGAGAGUGACGGGAACAACUGGAGAAGCAGGUCUCAUUCCGAUGAACUUUUACAGUCUAUGGGCUCUUCUCCUUCCACGGAGUCCUUUUUAAUGGAAGAUGUCGUGGAUUCUUCUCUGUGGAGUGACCUCAGCAGUGAUGCCCAGGAGCUGGAGGCAGAAUCUUGGAGCCUGGUGGUGGAUCCCUCGUUUUGCAGUAAGCAGGGGAAGGAUGUCAUCAAAAGACAGGAUGUCAUUUUUGAGCUGAUGCAAACAGAGAUGCAUCACAUCCAGACCCUGCUCAUCAUGUCCGAGAUCUUCAGGAAAGGGAUGAAGGAGGAGCUCCAGCUUGAUCACAGCACCGUGGAUAAAAUCUUUCCUUGCUUAGAUGAGUUACUUGAAAUCCACAGGCAUUUCUUUUCUAGUAUGAAGGAGCGAAGGCAGGAGUCCUGUGCUGGUGAUGACAGAAAUUUCAUCAUCAAUCGCAUUGGAGAUAUUCUGGUACAACAGUUUUCAGAAGAAAAUGCAAAUAAAAUGAAGAAAGUAUAUGGAGAAUUCUGUAGCCAUCACAAAGAAGCCGUUAGCCUCUUUAAAGAACUCCAACAAAAUAAAAAGUUUCAGAAUUUUAUUAAGCUUCAAAAUAGUAACCUUUUGGCCCGACGCCGAGGAAUCCCAGAAUGCAUCCUGCUAGUCACUCAGCGCAUCACGAAAUACCCUGUCCUGGUGGAAAGGAUUUUGCAGUACACAAAGGAAAGAAGUGAAGAACAUAAAGACUUGUGCAAAGCUCUGUGCUUAAUUAAAGACAUGAUUGCCGCUGUGGAUUUAAAAGUCAGCGAGUAUGAGAAAAACCAAAAAUGGCUUGAGAUCUUGAAUAAGAUCGAAAACAAAACCUACACAAAGCUCAAAAAUGGCCAUGUGUUUAGGAAGCAAGCACUGAUAAGUAAAGAAAGGACUCUGUUAUAUGAUGGCCUUGUUUACUGGAAAACUGCCACAGGUCGUUUCAAAGAUAUCCUGGCUCUCCUCCUAACUGAUGUGCUGCUCUUUUUACAAGAAAAAGACCAGAAAUACAUCUUUGCAGCUGUUGAUCAGAAGCCAUCCGUCAUUUCCCUUCAGAAGCUUAUUGCUAGAGAAGUUGCUAAUGAGGAAAGAGGAAUGUUUCUAAUCAGUGCUUCAUCUGCCGGUCCUGAGAUGUAUGAAAUUCAUACCAACUCCAAGGAGGAACGGAAUAACUGGAUGAGACGCAUCCAACAGGCAGUAGAAAGUUGCCCAGAAGAAGAAGGGGGAAGGACAAGUGAAUCUGAUGAGGAGAGGCGGAAAGCUGAAGCAAGAGUGGCCAGAAUUCAGCAAUGUCAAGAAAUCCUCAGUAACCAAGACCAACAAAUUUGCACAUAUUUGGAGGAGAAGCUGCAUAUCUAUGCUGAGCUCGGAGAAUUGAGUGGACUUGAGGAUGUCCAUCUGGAGCCCCACCUCCUCAUUAAGCCUGACCCAGGAGAGCCUCCCCAGGCAUCCUCAUUAGUGGCAGCGGCACUGAAAGAAGCCGAGAGCCUGCAGGUUGCAGUGAAGGCCUCACAGACGGGCGAUGCAUGCCAGGCAUCCGAGGAAGGUUGCGGAGAAUCUGCCUUGACAGAUACGCUGGGUCCCCCUGACGUGCCAGGAUCUUCUACAGCUUCACUAGUCACAGAAAGGACAGGAGGAAGAGGCUGUUGGGAUGUGGAUCCUGGGACCCAGGGUGUGGGAACCGACCUGGCGGUCUCUGAUGCAGGGGAGAAGGUGGAAUAUAGAAGUUUCCCAGGUGCUUCACAGUCAGAGAUUAUACAAGCGAUACAGAAUUUAACCCGGCUCUUAUAUAGCCUUCAGGCGGCCUUGACCAUUCAGGAUAGCCACAUCCAGGUCCACAAGCUGGUUCUCCGGCAACAGGAGAGCCUCUCCCCAGGCCCGUCUUUUCGAGGGGGCCCGCUCUUUCAGGACCAGGAGAAGUCCCGCCACCUGGAGAAGCAGCGGGAAGAGCUGGCCAACGUCCACAAGCUCCAGUACGAGUUCCAGCAGGAUCAGCGGCGCUGGCACCGCAGGUGCGACCAGCAGCAGCGGGAGCAGGAGGCCAAGGCGAGCCGGCUGCGGGAGCGCGAGAGGGAGUGCCAGUCCCAGGAGGAGCUGCUGCUGAGGAACCGCGGGGAGCUGGACCAGCAGCUCCAGGAGUACCAGCAGAACCUGGAGCGGCUGAGGGAGGGCCAGCGCCUGGUGGAGAGGGAGAGGGAGAGGAUGCGGGUCCAGCAGAGCCUGCUGUGUGGCUGGAAACACAGUCGGCAGAGUAGCCUUCCCGCAGCAUUUUCUCCAGGAAGCACAGAGGUAAUGGAACUUCAUCGAUCCGAGAGUUUGUGUCAUGAAAAUUCAUUCUUCAUUAAUGAAGCUUUAGUACAAAUGUCACUUAACACUUACAACAAAUCGACUCCAUCGGGUGUCCAUCAGGAUGCCACUUAUCCCCAGAAUAUAUCUAAUUCGGAUUUGGUAAGGACUAGUGAAAACCAAGUAGACCUCCACCUGGACGUUUCUCAGCCCUUGGAUGUCAACCAUGAACUGUGGACAGCUGCUGGGUCCUGUCAUCAGAUACCCCCUCUCCACCAAAGCAGCAAGGAUUCUUGUAAAAAUGAGGUUAAAUGGCUUUAUUCAUUCAAUGCCUGGGGAAAGGAGUCGAAAGCGCAAACGUGUGUUGUGACCACAGGCAAGCAUACUUUGUCUCCAACUGUGAUAAAAGAGCAGAGAGCAUUCUAGGUUGAUCUGUGUUGCUCUAAUAGAGAAAUCAUUGCGGGGGCAGGACGGUUUGUGGUGUUUACCUGAUUAAAUGAAGGAGGUUCCCAAUUUUAUAAUAAUCAUUGUAUCCGUUUUUUGGAGCUUGGAAUGUCUCUCUCGUUCUUAAUUUCUUUUUUGCUAAGUGAUUCUUCAAAAUGUGGUACUUAGGGAGGAUAAGUAUUAAACGUUCAAAGUCUCUUAAUGUAAUAAAAAUGGUCAAGCCGUUUCCAUCACCAUAAGAAAUGGGAAUCCUGAGACUCUUGAUCGGAUGUGCAAGUGGCAGUGGUCCCCUGAGUUCAAAUCUAGAUUAGUUCUUAAUUGCGUGAUGUGGGGCGAGGAAUUUAAGUAGCCUGAGCUUUCGUUUCCCAAACUGUAAACUGUGGGUUACAACAUUUUGAGGCUUAAAAGAGUGAUGGCUGUAUCAGACCUGGAAAACUUCUUGUGCCCAGAAGUCACGCUUUGCACAGGGGUAGUUAGAAGCAUCUUCACUAGUCGCGUGUUCAGUAGUUAGUGAGUUCGAGUAUUUGAGGUACAGGACUUGGAAUCAGGGUUAGUAAAAUCAAGUCACGCAAAUGUAAAAGAAUUUUCUUCUCCUCCCCUCUCCCCGGGGUCCCCCUCAGCUUCACAGGCACACGUCAGCUCCUCCAGGUGACUUGUGUUUAUUUUCGGGGGCUCUGGCUGCCCCUCUUCCAGUGGGCCUGCCUCUUACUGGAAGGAGUGAUGAACGGACACGUAGCCAAGUGUCCCACGUCCCUGAAGACAGAGCAGCAUGAGGACGUUUUACUCUUCCCUCCAGGCCUUGCUUCCUGUCUUCCCUACCAGCUAAAGGUCAUUGGCAGGAGGGCAGAAGCCACAAGCAUUUUUGUCAUUAGAAUCCUACCAGUUAUGGGUACCCAUCUAAAUAAUAGAGUCUUGGAGUCAAAUGUGGCAAUGUUUAUAAUGAACUCUUGUUGAUGACUGAAGAAGGAGUGGGUGGGCUUCAGGCUAUCCAUCUUUCUCGCCUGGGUUUCCACGCAUACUCCGCCUUUUGCGCCGACCGAAGCCAGUCAUUUGUGACUUUGCCAUAUAAGUGAGCCUCAGGAAGGGUGGUCAGUAGAACAAGGGAAGAGAAAAUGGUUUGCAGCAACAGCCUUUCUUUUCUUCAAGUAGGAACCCCUCUUUGCCUUCCCUUACACCGUGUACUAGAGGGUUUUUAGCAGAAAAAGGGAAAAUAGACGAUGCCCUGCUGUUGCUAGGUAACCAGAAAAAAGAACCCAGCCGUACUUGAUACGGGAACAGUUUUCUCUAGCUAAGUGGUUUGUAGAGUGUUAAUUAGAUUUGCAUAAUGGUGAGGCUGGCCGGUCUCCAUCCUUCAACUCCUUUUUCCCCCACCCCUUGCCCACAUUAAUAAAAUCCCAGCCAUAUUAUUUGAGUCUUGAGGUCAGUUCUUGACUUUGAGAUAUUCUGAGGGGAGGGGCUGUGCAGAUGCAAAUAUAGUUCAUCGUCCAUAGCUAGAGUAUAUACCGUAUUUCUAAGACCUUGAACCUGUUUUUAAAACAUAAGUGGGCACCCUUGUUCCACAGUAGCAGUGUUUUAUCUGCCCGCAAAUGGUGACAAGUCUUUAUUCACUAGACACUCCCUUAGGAUUAUUUUGUCAGGGUUAUUUUUAGCCAUAGGAGACAUUUGAACGCACACCCAACCACAUCUUGACGAUACAUUGAUUAAGUCAUUUGAUGUGAUUGCAUUUUGUCCCUUUCUCCUUGGACUCUCGGGUUCUCUCUGUGGCUGAAUAUAUGGGCACUGCAUGUCCCAGGCUUAGAGAGCUCUGAGUUACAGUGUCACCUGCCUUGGAGGCCUCGCGCGGAUCCUCCUG